AUGGGGUCCGAAGUGGGGGUCACUGCCGCAUCCACGCCCCAGCCAGCCUAUACUCCGGUCAGUAUAUGGUGGACCUGCUGGGCGGGCACCUGGACGGUUAUUGUUGCGUCUGGCGUGGCCUAUCUCAUCGCCCAUCGCAACACGCCUCCCCUCCUGCUGCGGGGCCUCGGGCUGUCGCUGUCCGCCGUUGUUAUGCUUCAUGUCUACUGGGCUUCAGUGCAAUUCGGAACCAUGGUUGGUACCAUCAUGCCGGGAGAUGCCGAGUACUGGAUCAUGGGCACCUAUCUACCAUGUGGCAUUGCCCUGUUCCACGCGUCGAACAGUCGCUUCUACUACGUGGCUAAGCUUCAGGAAGGCUAUAUCAUUCGCAGUAGUGGCGGGAAUGAUUUAUCCUCCACCUCGAGGGGCAAGCUCGGUGCCGUAGACCGGUUCCGUCGCCUUGCAUACACUACCAAGAUCCUCGUGCUUGUUACGGUGGCGUCGCUCGUUCAGGUGUUUCUCACGGUUUUUAUGUGGCUCAUCUCUCGCAAAUGGCAUCGUACUUGGGGGAUUCCAGGCACCGAGGUCCAUGGAACCGAGAUGCAGCAAAAGUCGGCAAUGGGCCGGGGCUGGGAGUGGUGGCCUGGCGUGUUGGGACAGUUCUUCUGGUCGUGGAUUGUGGGCCCUGUCGUUCUCUGGAAAUCCCGUCACAUUCAUGACACCCACGGCUGGCGAGUCCAGACGAUGGGCUGCAUCAUCGCCAAUCUCCCGGCGACGCCGAUGUGGCUCAUCGCCCUUUAUGUUCCCGCCAUGGAGCCGGUCAAUCAGUACUGGCUACCGCCCCAGUGGUAG